ACUCCGUAGUAUCAACUAUCAAGUCUUUGCUCUUCAGAUGCGGAUGCUCCCCGAAAGAAAAAGAACCCGGCUUUGAAUUUGAUCCUCCCGGCGUCAGCAUCUGUGCGAGGCUCUCUCGAGCUUUCACUCAUGGCGGAGGAAUUCCUGUGAUAGAACCAUCAGAACUUUACAGAAUGUCUUCAAGGAAACAUCCUCGAACAUCCCUGGAUGGACGAUCUAGUCAAGCACCAGGUUUAAUGCGGCAUGGCCCAUAUCCUGGCUUAGUUCCUCUACCUGCUAGCAAUCGUCCAUUGGAACCAUUACCUCCUUCCCUCGGCCUUUUGGAAAAUAACAUUCUGGCCCAGGGUGCAGAAAUUGAUCAACUUGCCAGAGAAAAUCAUAGAUUGGCCACCACGCAUGUAGCUUUAAGGCAGGAGCUUGUUGCUGCUCAACAGGAGGUACGACAGCUUAAGGCACAUAUCAAAAGCAUCCAGACUGAAAGUGACAUCCAAAUGAGGGUGUUGCUGGACAAGAUUGCAAAAUUCGAAGCAGACAUAAGAGCAGGGGAGAGUGUGAGAAACGACCUACAUAAUGCCCACAAAGAGGCACAAAGCUUAGUUGCCGCGAGAAAAGAGCUGAUUGUGCAAAUUCAAUGGGCAAAAGAGGAGCUGAAUAAAACAAUGCUUGAUGCCGAGAGCUUGCUCCAUUUGCACGCUGAACUGGAUGGCUUGAUGCGAGAACACCAGAGACUAUGCACUACAUUCGAGUAUGAGAAGAGUUUGAACAUAGAGAAAGUACGGCAAAUGCAAGCGAUGGAGCAGAAUUUGAUUUCAAUGGCAAGAGAAGUAGAGAAGUUGCGUGUCGAUGUUGUGUAUGCUGAGAAGAUGACAUAUGCAUCAAACCCCCAGGGUGGUGUUGGCCUUUCAAACCCAGGUCCCUCGAAUGUGGCCCGACUGCAAAGUGGCAGCCCCUAUGUUGAUGGUUCCGGAGCUCAUCAUGGCCAAAUAGGUCCUCGGGCUGCUGGAGCAAGAGCCAUUCCACACAGUGGGAGCAGCGGUGCAGUUUCUGGCGGUGGGGCGGGUGGUGCGACGAUUGCUAGUGCAAGUAGUGGUGUUGGCUGGGCAGGCACAUAUGACCCUUCCCUCGCUGGGAGAUGAAAAACAUGGAUAUGAUAUGCCUUCAAAUGUUCGAUAAAGCUUCUUGAAUGGUCUUGCACAUGUUGGACAUGACGUUAUGUAUAGUAGUAUACUAGAUGUUUUGAUACCUCGAUCUUUCAGGGUAAA